AUGGCCAAUGACCGCAGCGAGCUCCAACAGGGCGCUAUAGCAGAACUACAGCUGGGGGUGGCUAGGGAGUUGGUGACGUUGAUUGCAUGCGCAACUCUUGUGGGGUUAGACAAGGCCAAGGACGUCCGGGCGGAAGACGCGGAUUGUGGGGGAACCGCCCCCGCAAAAGCAGAAAAGGUCGAGAUUCAGGGAUCCACCGCCAUCCCCAGAGCGACAGCCAGAACAUCCAAUGAAGGGCCAGUCCCACGGACUCCGCCGUCGCUGAAAAGGGAUACGGCUGACUGCGACGCUGGGCGUGGGCGGCCAGUGCAUGAGUCGCGUCCCUAA